CUUGCUUAUAAAACCUCACGCCGCCGCCAAAACGGACGUUAUUGCUGUGCAGGUGUUCUUCCUCUUUUUACAUCGCCGCUCGCGAGGUGGAUACAUUUUAAGGACGUGUGACAUCGCAACGUGCAACAAGUACACAGAUGAAUAUUCAAAAAAUAAUCGGAAUCGCUGCAUUCCUGCUCAUCGCCCUGAACAUGUUCGUCCAAACGGAGGCAAAACCGCAAAUGAUUAAGCAAUCCUUCCAAUCAGGACCACGAUACGGCCGAGGUGGACGAGUAGGAGCCAAGAAGAUUUUUGCCCCGCGCAACGAACGAUUCGAAAUGGGAACAAGGUACGGUAAACGAUCGGGCUUGGGAGAAAUCGCUGAAACCUUGAUAUACCCAGUGGCGGCGCCACCCCUGUCCAGGACAGUCUUGUGCGGCAAAGACAACGAGUUGAUUUGCACGCACACCGGUGUAGCGAACAUCUACCGCUGCAAUCAAAGCUACGACGAGGAUGCUAAGAAUGAACUGCAGCCGGAGCUGAAAGACUAAGUAGUCGGCGACGUAUGUGCACGUCAUGCUUGCGUUCAUUUCACUUUAUAACUUAAUGACAUUUGUUAAAAUGCAGUAUUAUUCCAUUUUCUGCACCGCCACCGCCACCGAAAGACGACGAGCGUUUUUUGGCUGGAGAAAACGUUCGUCAUCGUACUCGUCUUCGUCCCAUCUAUGCAUUUCCCUCAUUAUUAGCUCAUAUUCCUCUCUCUAUCUCUAUGACUCUAUACAUACGACUAACGUUAAUGAAAUGUUCAAAUGACAUGUAUAUUACUGUGUGUUAUGGCUGCAAUUAAAAUUUAUUCCUCUAUUUUUAUUCAAUAAAUCUGCUACGGAA